ACACAUGAUUUAAGUAUUUUAUUACGGAAAGUCCGUAAUAAAAUACUUAAUGCAAUAGUUUUCGACUUUUUAUCGUUAUGAUAGACAAAAAAGAAAAUACAUUUGAAAAAAUUUAUAAGCUGCCUUUAGAUGACGAAACUUGGAGCUAUUUACUUCAAAAGUUCAAAGAUUCCCAUCCGCAGAGUGAAGUUUAUUUGUCAAAUUUAUCUAGAUCUGAAUCAGAUUCUGAUUUAAAUCAUUUAUCGACUAGAGUAUUAACCGAUAUUUCCGUGUAUGAAAGCAAUGAUAUUUUGCUAUUUUCAACUUUUCCAAAAAAACCCUUAUUUGUUAAUGGCAUGGUCUUAGAAGAUAAAGUUAAACUAGUGCAGAAUUUUCUCAAUCGGCUUCAGUAUAAUCAUUUAGGUGUUUAUUUUUUUGAUGUUAAAACAAAAAGGCCUGUUUACAGAUUAGCUGAAUUAGCCAAAGAUAUAAUCAGAAAUCCAAUGCCUAUAAAAUGUCUUGAAGCUGUUAUUGUUUCAAUAUUUUUGACUUCAAGUAUUGAGUCACUUUUACGAUUUUCGAUUCGCUUUAAGUCAAGGUUUCAGAACAAAGUUCAUCGCCACAUUGUACUUGGUCUUUAUUGGUGUUCCCAAUCUUGUUUUGGAGCAAUUGGUUUGAGCAGGCGUAGUAAUUUAAUGGAUAAGCCAUUUAAAUAUAAAAAAUUGUCUGACUUAAUAUUUGACUACAGAGCUAGUUAUUCAGAAUGUUAUCACUGCUUAACUAAAGUUAAAUUAAGUUCAAUAAUUACUUCAAAUAUGCAGUCAUCUGAUCAAAUAAAUUGGAAUUAUUAUGCUGUUCCAAUGUUAAAAACAAAUGAUGAAAAUAUUGUAAAAUCAUUAGAAAUGUAUAGUCGAGAAUUAAGAAAAAGUAGUUACAUUAAACAUUAAUACUUCAUUGAUAAGAGUGAAAAUCCCUAAAA